CAGAUCUCGAGCUCUUCAUUUUAUUCUUUUUUUCUGCCUUUCUCGCAAACAGCAAUCCAAACCAAAGCCUCUCUCUCUCCCUCUGCUACUCAAUUAAGUCUUCAUCGUGGCCUAACUGAACUGGAGCUGAACGGAGCAACUGCAAUUUUGAGCGCAACGUCAUGGGAGUCCCGGCGUUUUACAGGUGGCUAGCGGAUCGGUACCCGCAAUCGAUCGCCGACGUAAUUGAGGAAGAACCAAGAGAAGACGGACUUGGAAAUCAAAUACCAGUUGACGUCUCUAAACCUAAUCCUAACGGCCUCGAAUUCGAUAAUCUUUAUCUCGACAUGAACGGGAUUAUUCACCCUUGUUUUCACCCCGACGGCAAGCCUGCACCUGCAACUUAUGAUGAUGUAUUCAAAUCAAUCUUGGACUAUAUUGACCAUCUUGUCUCAUUGGUUCGUCCUAGAAAGCUUCUGUAUCUGGCCAUUGAUGGUGUAGCACCUAGAGCUAAAAUGAAUCAGCAACGUACUCGACGUUUUAGAGCUGCAAAGGAUGCUGCUGAGGCCGCAGCUGAAGAGGAGAGAUUGAAGAAAGAGUUUGAGGAAGAGGGGAAAGCUUUGUCUCCCAAGGAAAAACCUGAAACAUGUGACUCAAAUGUUAUUACUCCUGGCACUCCAUUUAUGGCUGUCUUAUCUGUAGCACUUCAGUAUUAUAUACAGUCGAGGUUGAAUCACAAUCCUGGCUGGCGGAAUACAAAGGUUAUUCUUUCUGAUGCGAAUGUUCCUGGUGAGGGAGAACACAAGAUCAUGUCUUACAUUCGGUUACAACGUAACCUUCCUGGCUUCAAUCCAAACACACGACACUGCCUAUAUGGUCUGGAUGCAGAUUUGAUCAUGUUGUCCUUAGCUACACACGAGGUUCACUUUUCAAUUUUAAGAGAGGUGAUCAUUCUUCCUGGACAACAGGAAAAAUGUUUUCUCUGUGGUCAAGUUGGUCAUCUGGCAGCGGAGUGUCGUGGUAAGCCAGAUAAUGGAACCGAAGAUCGGAAUGCUGUCGAUGAUACACCUAUUCACAAGAAGAAAUAUCAGUUUCUGAACAUAUGGGUGUUGCGAGAAUAUUUGCAAUAUGAUUUGGAGAUUCCCAACCCUCCAUUUGAGAUCAACUUUGAACGAAUAGUGGAUGAUUUUGUUUUCUUAUGUUUUUUUGUUGGCAAUGACUUCCUUCCACAUAUGCCAACAUUAGAAAUUAGGGAGGGUGCUAUAAAUCUUCUGAUGCAAGUUUAUAAAAGGGAAUUUGCUGCUAUGGGUGGUUAUCUUACUGAUGCGGGUGAGGUUUCGUUAGAUAGAGUGGAGUGUUUUAUCCAAUCUGUUGCUGUCCAUGAAGAUCAAAUCUUUCAGAAGAGGACUCGUAUACAGCAGGCAUUUGAGAAUAAUGAGCAGAUGAAGCUUAAAGCAAGAGGAGAAUCCUCCGAGGAGGCACAGGCACCUGUCGUAGAUAAGAUUAAAUUAGGGGAACCAGGAUACAAAGAAAGGUAUUACGCUGAGAAAUUUAAUGUAUCAAAUCCAGUGGAGAUUGAAGAAGUUAAAAGAGAUGUUGUUUUGAAGUAUGUUGAAGGUUUAUGUUGGGUGUGCCGCUAUUACUACCAAGAUGUUUGCUCGUGGCAAUGGUUUUAUCCAUAUCAUUAUGCUCCAUUUGCUUCAGAUCUUAAGGAUCUAUCUGAUUUGGAAAUAACGUUUUUCAUCGGAGAGCCAUUUAAACCCUUUGACCAGCUCAUGGGAACACUGCCAGCUGCCAGUUCUGGUGCUUUGCCAGACGGAUAUAGGAAACUGAUGAUUGAUCCGUCAUCACCUAUCUAUAAUUUCUAUCCCUCUGAUUUUGAGAUUGACAUGCAUGGCAAACGCUUCGCGUGGCAGGGUGUUGUCAAAUUGCCAUUCAUUGAUGAGAAGAAGUUGCUUGCUGCAACAAGGAAACUUGAAGAUACUUUAACGGUAGAAGAGCGGUUUCGGAACAGCGUGAUGCUUGAUCUGCUAUAUGUUCAUCCUCUUCAUCCUUUGGCUUCACAAGUUUUUCCGUACUAUCAAAUUAACUGUCAAUUAGCCCCACAUGAAAGACUUGUAUGGUCAAUUGACACAAAUGCUAGUGGUGGAAUGAAUGGAUAUCUUUGGUUAUCUGACAGGAAUGGUUGGCAAGGUGUAGUCCCUUCUCCUGUUAAGGGAUUGCCGUAUAUAGCAUCAAACCACGUUUUGAAUGUUACAUAUCUUAAUCCUUCACGUCAUAAACACAUUCCAGAACUUCCAGAGGGUGUUAUGAUACCCAAAAAGGUUCUAACACCGCUUGACAUUAAACCUUUUCCUGUCUUGUGGCAUGAAGACAAUGCUGGGCGGCGCCAGCAAGGCAGAGAUAGGCCACGAGUACCUGGAGCAAUAGUUGGCCCUCAGCUAGGAGAGGCAGCUCAUCGUCUUGUCAAGAACACUCUUAAUAUCAAAUCGAAUGGCUCAUCCUCUGGGUGGGGGGAGCAACCACCAAUUUUUAAUAUCUCAAACAACUACUCAAGCAUUAGACCAAGACCUGCUGGACCAUCAGGUUAUGAAAGGGGCUUUUUUGAUGACCCCAAUCAUUAUUAUAGCAGUCGGCCACGACCAGCUGGACCGCCAGGUUAUGAGAGGGGAUAUGGCGAUGACCCGAAUCAUUAUGGACGAUACUAUAAUCCACCAGGCAUAAUGGGUAACCCAAGACAUCCCUCAUCAAAUGGCAUGCAAAGUAUCAGAAACAACUUCAGGGCACAGGACAGAUUACAGAAUCAGGAACGUCAUCGUGAUUUGAGGACUGCAAUGUCUGCUUUGACAUUGGAUGGAAGUGCCAAAGGUAGAGCACAUGCGGAGAUGUCUUCACAGAUGCCAAAUUCUGGAUACCCACAAAAUUUAGGCCACCAGACCGAGCAGAAUAGUGGUGCUCUUCCCACACCACCUACCAAGUGGAUUAAUAAACCGGUGAAUGUAAAUACUGGAACUUACUUAAAACAAGAAAAUGCAUCAAGUGGAGCUUACGAGAAGCAGAUGAAGAAGGUUUAUCAGAUGAAGACUCGUCCACAGGAAAUGACAGGCCCCGUGAACCAGCAGUGAUCAUGAUUCCAGAUGGACUUGCCCGUCUUUUGACACAGGCAUGUCCAUAUAACAAUAGCAAGUCUUUAUUGGGUAAUAUUUAUCAGCAGUUCGCUUAACUUUGAUAUCCAGUCACAUGUUGCCUCCUGAUAUGUCAUCCUGAGAAAUUAACCACUAAAAGAACUUGCUGUCAUGUGAGCACCAUGUUACCGUAUGGCUGAAGCAAUGGUUUGGGUAAUUAGAAUUUGAGAGAUUAAUCAGAGUCUGUAGUUGUGUCAAACUUAAAGAAUCUCCGUUUAAUUUGAUUAUUCGUAGGUUUCUAGGAACACGUCUUAGUUGUUGGGGAUUAAGCAGAAUCUGUAGUUGUGUCAAAAUUCAAGAAUCUCCAUUUAAUUUGAUUAUUCAUAGGUUUCUAGGAACACGUCUUAGUUGUUUGGGAUUCUACUCAAAACUAGGACACUGAGUGUUGUGUCGACGUAGGAACCGGAGUUAGAUUGUCAUUUGAAGUGAACUGCUUAAGCAUUUUCUUUAAUGUGUACAAGUUGUAUAAUAGGGCAUCAUGAUUGUAGGCUGUUGAUCUAGGGUGAUAAGAAUCUCAACUGUUGUCAUUAUUUUCAGUAUACACAGGUUCACAUUGUGUUGAAUACCUGAGCAGAGAAACUGUAAUUGUUAUAAUAUUCGUCGUUCCAAGUUUACGUUUUGCCUACUCUCUAUUGCAACACUUGGAUAGAUAGGCUCAAAGUUUAAAGAUUUUGACUUUGUAUGGAGCUCCUAGUUGAGCUUAUUCAGGAAGAAGUGAUUGUAUUGUAUUGAAAUUAUGUAAAUUGUCUUCCCAAACA